AUGGCCGACUUUAAGCUGUCGGCGCAACUGACCGGCCAUGAAGCCGAUGUUCGAGCCGCAAGCUUCCCCUCCCCCGAUACCGUUUUAACCGCCUCCCGUGACUGCAGCGUCCGCGUAUGGCGUCGCACGCAGGAAUCACCUCCGAAUUUUGAAGCAACCCUCUUGAGUCGCGGCUCCGAAUACGUCAACUCCCUCUCCUUCUUCCCUCCGUCUAGCGAACACCCUGAUGGCUAUGUUGUCUCUGGUGGAAAAGAUACAAUCAUUGAGGUCAAGUCACCCAACGCAACCAGCGCCGAUAACGCCGAACGUCUUCUCAUCGGCCACUCCCACAAUGUCUGCACCAUCGAUGUUGUCCCUAGCGGCAAGUAUCUGGUGUCCGGCGGAUGGGAUGGCCAAGCGCGGGUCUGGAGUCCCCAGAAGUGGGAGACAGAGCUGUCUCUCAGCGGCCAUGAAGGCAAGUCAGUCUGGAGCGUUGUAGCUCUUGAUGACUAUACAGUAGUCACUGGCUGCGCUGAUAAGAAUAUCCGCGUCUUUGAUUUGCGACAGUCUACUGCGGGAGAAGUGGCACCAAAGUCAACUAUUUGCACACCCGAUGUUGUUCGCGCUCUCUGUCGGGUUCCUCAAAGCCACCCCAGCGGCGCUGAUAUUGCGAGCGCCAGCAACGAUGGUACCAUACGUCUCUGGAAGCUGAACGGACAGCAGGUUGCCGAACUCCAUGGGCACGAAAGCUUUGUUUAUAGCAUCACAAGUCUCCCUACAGGUGAACUUGUCAGUUCUGGAGAGGACCGCACUGUCAGGGUCUGGAAGGGCAACGACUGCGUACAGACUAUUACUCACCCCGCUAUCUCUGUAUGGACAGUAGCGGCGAACCCCGAGACUGGAGACAUUGUCACAGGUGCCAGCGAUAGCAUUGCUCGCGUCUUCACGAGAAGUUCUGAACGCACUGCUGAUCAAGCGACGCUUAAGGAGUUCGAGGAAUCUGUGAAAUCGUCAUCGAUUCCUCAGCAACAAGUUGGAGGCAUCAACAAGGAAAAGCUCCCUGGCCCGGAUUUUCUGACAUCCAAGGCCGGUACCAAGGAAGGACAAGUUCAAAUGAUCAAGGAGGAUAAUGGUGCUGUCACUGCUCACACGUGGUCAAUGAGCCAGCAGCAAUGGGUCAACGUCGGAACGGUCGUUGAUGCUGUCGCCAGCACCGGCAAGAAAGUCGAAUACAACGGCAAGAUGUACGACUACGUGUUCGACGUUGAUAUUGAGGAUGGCAAGCCUCCGCUCAAGCUUCCUUACAACCUUUCUGAGAAUCCCUACGAGCGAGCCACAAAGUUCCUAGGCGAUAAUGAAUUACCACUCUCCUAUCUCGAUAAUGUGGCCAACUUUAUCACAGAAAAUACCAAGGGCGCUACUCUGGGUCAGACUUCAGAACCUGGUGGUCCUGAUCCUCUUGGUACUGAGUCGCGGUAUCGUCCUGGCGAGAACACCCAGCCCAAGGUGCUCCCUCAGAAAGACUAUCUUAGCAUCACAGCAGCUAAAUACGAAGCUAUGUUCAACAAGAUUCUUACCAUCAACAAGAAUAUGGUCUCAUCAGGCCGUAAGGAUUCUGCUCUUAACCCCUCUGACGAAUCGACACUAUCCGAGCUGCGCACUGCUCUCGAGUCUAAUAAGCCUGUUCCUCCAUCUGCUAUGCCUCUCCUCGUCCGGAUUCUCACCCAGUGGCCUUAUUCGGAUCGUCUAGCUGCUCUGGAUCUUCUCCGUUGCGUUGCGAAGUAUCCUCUUGUUGCGCAGUUCUCUGAUCCAAACGUCGGCUCUCUUCUUGAUCUUGCUUUUGCAUCAUCCCUACCCCAGGGCGAAGCUCCCAACGAGAACGCGGCCAUGAUGGGUCUCCGUACCCUUGCAAACAUUUUUUCUACGGCCAAUGGCCGCUCGAUUGUUAGUUCUCAAUCGGAUGAGGCCAUCUCAUUUCUGGAGCGCAUCGUUGGUGUAUCCUCAGACCCUAUUGGACCCUUGAACCGUAACGUUCUCAUUGCCGCCACCACGGCAGCGAUCAACCUAUCGGUUCUCGUACACCGCGAGCGUCUUCUUACCCCCGACCAACGCCGUCGUCUAGCCAUCCUGCUUGGUACAAUCCUUUCCCGCGAUGGUCAAACUGACUCAGAAGUUCUGUACCGUGGUCUCGUGGCGCUCGGCACACUACUUUCCGCGUCAAAGGCUGAGGCAGCCAAUCUCGGUAUCAAGGGAUGGAUCGAAACUGCUGCAGGACAUAGCUUGGAGGAGCGUGUCAAGUCUGUCGCGGCCGAAUGUACCAAGGUAGCUCCGUAA